AUGUGGAUAGAUAACCUUCGAGAUCGUUACGGCAAAAAAAGCGAGCCAACAUCGCCUGAGUCUGAUGAUGAUCCUUUUCGUCGUGAGAGCGAGGCUAAUGUACGUCGUGUUUGCGUGAGCAACUUUUUCGACGUAGACGUUCUGGGCAGGAGGGCUGUUGAUCGCUCUGUUGCCCGGCGUCGCGGCUUUGCGUUGCUUUUCUGUUCUUUGUUCAGUAUCUGUCUCGUAUUUUAUAUGUGGUAUCAGUGCUAUCACGCAUCUUGCGACGAAUGCGUGGCAAUAUCGGAUGGUGGUGUUGUGGAGGAAAACACCGAGGUCGAGUGCCACUGUGCCAACUGCGUGGUUCAGUGGUUCUUUAGUCCCGUUACGCACUUUGAGAAAUGCUAUUAUUCCUUGUUAUUCUUUUGCGGGGUAACAUUACUAUAUUUUUUCUCCAUUUUGAGGGAUUUGGCACUUCAGAUUUUCUGCCACUCAAACAUAUUGCAACGCGAUUGA